ACUCAAAGCGUCUUGGAAAGUUCGGCGAGUUCCACGAUACCUUAUCUUCACCAGCGUUUUGAUCAAAAUAGAUUGUAAAUGUAGAGCUGGAAUUUCUACCUGUGUACGAACUGUUAGUGACAUCACUUUUCGAGGCGGUUUGCUUUAUCAUAACUCCCAUCGCCACUCAAUGUGAGAUACCGACAAGAAUCCCAGCUGGGGAAUUUUCGAGGAGGAUCCUCGAGUCAGCGCAGCUAUAGCUACACGAGUACUGUAGUGAACGUCAAAGAUGGCCGACGACGACGACGACUACCAGCUUGAAUCACCGCCACAAGUUUCGUCCUGGACUUCGUCUUCUGCCUCUGCCGGUCUAAAGCGAGGUUCCAGGGCAGCGGACACGCCAUCUCGAGUCGGCAGAGUAACGCAACACGAUUCCAAUUCUAACCCUAUCAGUCCCGUUCCAACUGGACCGGAGGACGAGGAGGCGGAGGAAGACGAAGAAGAGGUGAUAGAAACAGUGACUACGACAAGCCUGGACCACUGUCAGAGCGAGUCGUACCAUUGGUGUGAAGAGGACGAUCUAACGAGCAGCGAGGCGGCCACGUCGACGGACAAAACAAUCGGUUCGUCCGGCGAGCCGGAUCAUUCGGCCGAGGAGUACGCUGAAAUGGCCAAGAAAGUGGACCAGAAUCUCGCCCAUAUCGAUAUGGAGAACUUCAAGUCGGCCGAUCUCUUCCAGACGGAGCAAAUCCGCUCCCUACUCAUCGAGUACAACCGGCCCAUCAUGCGCAGCCAGUCGCCACUCUCGCAGGACGAUUCCAGUUUGACUGAUUGUGGGUCGUUGUGUAAAUCCGGUCCGCUAUUCUCUCCUCAACGGGCUGUUCCUGGUGUUUGUGGAGUAGGAGGAGGCAAAGGAAUCAGCCCGUCGGAUUGCAGCAUUGAUUCGUUAAAUAUGGCAGAACGUGAUGAGUGUUGGCUGCUGGAGGAGGCCGGCGACGGUGCCAGCCAACUUCUCUGCCGCACUAAUAUGACAAACUACACUCUGGCCUGGAGCUCUUCUGCUUCCGGAACCGAUCAGGAUCUCGAUUAUAACGAACCCGGUACGAGUAGUUCGGGAUCGGAGCAGAGUCACUGGUCCUCCUCCGGAAGCGGGGGUCAUCAGCGGGCACCACCUAUUCCACCAUGGCCGGUGGCUUCUCGUCAGCAAUUCUCUGGAUUAAGGAACGAUCAGCCUCCGCGGAAGUUGCAGUGCUGGGCUGGUCAGCCAACAAAUCAGCCCGAGGCACCCAAACCCAACGUGAAGAAAACGCCGGAACCAAUGCAAAAAUCGCACAAAGAAGAGGUCCAUCAACAGGAAAUGCGUCGGACGGAAUUAAUUAAUUUCCAGUCAAUCGCUAAGACGGAAGACAGUCCCAGUUUGUCUGAUAUGGAUAACGGCAAUGGAAGAACAACGUCGAAGGAUAACCGAACGAGACAGCGGCCCGUUUUCACCAAGACGGAAACGAAAGCAACCACUCCGCCAUCAUCGUCGACUGGGUUAUCAUUGUUGCAGAUCUACAUGCGGCAACGAUCGCAGACGAGCAUGGAACGUGAAAGUAACAAGAAAUCGGACGACAUCAUCGCUUCCGGCGGAGGCGAAGGCUGGGUGGAGGACUAUCCGAGCAGUGCGGAUGAAAAACUCGGCCUGGAAUCGAUCUCUAGCUCCCUUGCGGACGAAGACGAUGACGACAGUGAGGAAGACGAUGAUAGCGAGGAGGAGGAAGACGAAGAUGAGUUGUGCCAAAAUAAUCGUUCGUUGACGUUGACGGAUGUUAGUGACAUCGAGCAAACAUCGAUCCAAAUCGAUGCCGUGCCGUUCAAUACAACAGCGGCAACGUCAAGCUUAGACAAGUUGAUUGCCAAAAUCAAGCCAUUUGAAUUGGGCCUGUCGCCAGCUUCCAUGGAAGAACACUGGAACUUUGAGAGCCGGAUGCGGCUGGCUGCCCCAAUUCCAGAAGCCAACGUCGGAUUGAUGGAUAAGAGUUGCCAAGUGGCCAUCAAUCCGCCUUCUUCGGCCACUCAGGAAGAAAGUACUUUGACGGAUCCCGUCAAACCUCAGGCCUACCUCAUCUUCCCCAGUUACAGCCUGCCGGAUUUGAGUUUCCUCAAGAAGCACGACUACACCUGGAUCGGCGAUGUGCUCCUAUCGCCUCAGAACUUGCCCGCUUCGGCACGCAAACCCGAACCAAGUGCAAAACAGACAACGCAGCGGACGUUCGACGACAUCAAACGUCGCCAGAUGGGUCAUGUUAAAGAUUGGGAAUCCUUGAAGAUUUUAUUGCCGGAAGAAAUACGUCAACAGAUCAACAACAUUAAACCGUCACCAGUCAACCGAAAUAGCCGGCCAAGACCGAAGAGUUGUGAGCAAGCUGUCAUUCUCCGCAACGCAAAGAAGACUGUGCCACGACCAGUUACGUGCCGAGGUUCAGUGGCAUGGCCGGACGCACCCGCUGGAUACAUGUUGCCCACAGUCCCACAAUCCCCUACCGGCGGAACGGAUGGCGGACCUCCGCCUUUGCCGAAGAGAACAGCCUCCCUUCCACACAGUCCAGCAGCCACCAGACAACGUCGCACCUUUGGAUUACCUACUGAAUCUGUUAAAUCGUCCGCCAAUAAACGGAAUCCUCCGCUGAGUGGGUUGGUCAAUAAAACUUCAUUUGGUUACACGAUGCGCAAAACGGUUAGUUUCGGCGAACACUUGAGCGGUGGUUUCUUGAAAAUGGCCAGCCAGAGAAGACCACUUUCAUUAUCUCACUGGUCGGGCGGUGGAUCGCUUGAUAUGGACUCACCGACGGAUGAAGAUCUAGCCGUUAACUUGGAACAAAAACAAGAACUCGUAAAAGCCGUUUCGGUAGCCUGCUCUCAGUUAUGCAAAUUAAUGAGUCAACCAAUGAACACAAAUGACGAGGAUAGUUGUGUCAAUCACUCCAAGUCAGUAGCCAGGUGUCUGACUAGUCAACUCAGUCCGGCUAUCUACCAAAUAUUAUCGGAUGGCCUUCUAUCCAACGUCAAUACUUUCUUUGGUCAAGUGAACAAUUCUGUUUGGAGAGUGGUUGAAGCUUCCGUUAAAAAAGGCCCUGGAUUGCCAUGGAUCGAAGAAUUGGUUUUUUGUUUAAAUAGUGAAGAGAGUCUACCUGAAGGACCGGUUAGGUUCGGCGUUUUCAUCACCGAACUUGUCAACAUGGGAGGUUUGGACUGGUGGCUGGACAAUUUAUCAGCCAAGGAAACGAUUUUACGGCGCCAUUACGCCCCGCACGGCUUCCUCUAUUUGUGUCACACAUCUACCCGACCGCUAAUGGACGAAAUGCAGAGCUACCUGCGACCGUUGGCUGCGUUGCCAUUUGAUAAUAGCCUACCAUUACCGCCCCCCAAGAAGCCAAUUAGCCCAAUUAACAAGCCAACAAAUACUCACGUGGGUACGUCAAGCCCGGCGAAGCCAACGACACCGACAAAAACCAUUUUGAAGUCUCCGACACGGUCUAAAACCCAACGGCCCCUGUCGUACGUGCAAAACAGUCCCAGCAAGACAAGCCCGAAACCCCAAUACCGGCGCACUCAGUCGCAACAUUCUGGCCUCUCGCCAAAAAAGUCAAAUGUCGCACAGCAACAGGAGAACAACAAGACGGAGACGAAGGUUGAAGAAUUCUCGUCGCUAAAACAAAAAUGGGAAUCCUUGUGCGGUGAUAGACCGAAAAAACCGAAUGAAACCUCAACCGGUGGUAACAAGAGCAAUGCUGCCGCCAUUCCAGCUCCGGUUACGGCAACCGCUGGUGAAACGAGUCCUCUGAAAUCAAGGAUUCCGCGACCGGUAUUCCGGUUUAGCAAGUAAGAAAAAUUAUUUGAUCCCUUUUUUUUUUCCUUCUCUUCUUGCCUCACUCUUGUUCUCUCUUUCACCCCUUUGCUCGGUGUGACAAUUAAUGUUUCACAAAGAAACCUAUACGUCUUACGGCAUAAAUUAUAUACAUAUAUACGAUAUGAUUUGAUACAAAAAUGGUUUGCUUUGAUUCGUUCUCAAGCCAACAUCUUCCAGUUAACACAGCCUCUUCAAAACAAAGAGGGGAAAAAUUAUUAUAAUUUUUUUUUUCGAUCGUAGAAUUGCAAAAACUCAGUUUUCAUGACUUAUAAUCAAGCUGGCCGGUUAAUGGUAGACGGUCCUGAAUCGCGGUAUACAUUGUUCCUGUUUUCA